GAGUCAGCUCCGUGACCUGGGUCCCGCAAGAGGAUGGCCCUCGAGCCAGUGUCCUGUUUCGUUUCCUGGCCGCCCACCCGCGCGCUGCUCCGCUGCGGCCGUAGGGCGCUUUAUCGCGGCCAGGCAGGCGGCGCUACUCCUCCGGUCGGACCCCGAGGGAGCCGCCGCCCUGCGCUCUCCCGGCCUGCGGCGGGGGGAUAACGAAGGCGAAGCCGGCGUCGGCGCUGCCGGCGCUCGCCUCUUCGCAGCCCUGGCCGCCCUGGCCCGCCGCUCCCGACAGUUACUGUGCCCCGGCCGGGCGUCUUCCCGGGCCGCUAGCUGCGCGUGGCUCUGCCUCUGGACACACGGACUCUGAGAUCGAAGACCUCGGUGGAACUGAACCUCUACUAAGCUGAAAAGGUGGAAACUCUCCAGAUGUCUUCCGAAAAUGACCAAGUUUUUAUCCCAAUGCCACGAAGAAACACCGGUGACCUCUCCAAGAUGACCUCCAACAACCAGAAGACCUUUACUGAAGUAGCAGUGUUAAGUUUUCAUAACAUUUACUAUCGAGUGAAAGUGAAGAGUGGCUGUCUUUUUGGUCGAAAAACAGUUGAGAAGGAAAUACUAACAAAUAUCAAUGGCAUCAUGAGACCUGGCCUCAAUGCCAUUCUGGGACCCACAGGUGGAGGCAAAUCUUCGUUGUUAGAUAUCUUAGCUGCAAGGAAAGAUCCAAAAGGAUUAUCUGGAGAUGUUCUGAUAAAUGGAGCACCUCGACCUGCCAAUUUCAAAUGUAAUUCAGGUUAUGUGGUACAAGAUGAUGUUGUGAUGGGAACUCUGACAGUGAGAGAAAAUUUACAGUUCUCAGCAGCUCUCCGGCUUCCGACAACCAUGACGAGUCAUGAAAAAAAUGAGCGAAUUAACAAGGUCAUUCAGCAGUUAGGUCUGGAUAAAGUGGCAGAUUCCAAGGUUGGAACUCAAUUUAUACGUGGUGUAUCUGGAGGAGAAAGAAAAAGGACUAGUAUUGGAAUGGAGCUUAUUACCGAUCCAGCCAUCUUGUUCCUGGAUGAGCCCACCACUGGCUUAGAUUCAAGCACAGCAAAUGCUGUCCUUUUGCUCCUGAAGAGGAUGUCUGAACAGGGACGAACGAUCAUCUUCUCCAUUCAUCAGCCUCGUUAUUCUAUCUUCAAACUGUUUGAUAGCCUCACCUUGUUGGCCUCAGGAAAACUAAUGUUCCACGGGCCUGCCCAGGAGGCCUUGGGGUACUUUGCGUCAGUAGGUUACCAGUGUGAGCCUUAUAAUAACCCUGCAGAUUUCUUCCUGGAUGUCAUUAAUGGAGAUUCCUCUGCUGUGAAACUGAACAGAGAGGACCAAGAGGGUGAAGUCAAGGAGACUGAAGAGCCUUCCAAGAGAGGUACUCCACUCAUAGAAAAAAUAGCUGAGUUUUAUGCCAACUCUGACUUCCACAGAAAAACGAAAGAUGAGUUAGAUGAAGUCCUAAAGGGUCAGAAAAGGAAGAGCUCAGCCUUAAAGGAGAUCACCUAUGCCACCUCCUUCUGUCAUCAACUCAGAUGGAUUUCCAGGCGUUCAUUCAAAAACUUACUGGGUAAUCCCCAGGCCUCUAUAGCUCAGAUAAUUGUAACAAUCAUCCUGGGAUUGGUUAUAGGUGCCAUUUUCUAUGAUCUAAAAAAUGAUCCUACAGGAAUCCAGAAUAGGUCAGGGGUGCUCUUCUUCCUGACGACCAACCAAUGUUUCAGCAGUGUGUCAGCUGUGGAGCUCUUUGUGGUUGAGAAGAAACUCUUUAUACAUGAGUAUAUCAGUGGAUACUACAGAGUGUCGUCUUAUUUCUUUGGAAAGCUGUUAUCUGAUUUACUACCCAUGAGGAUGUUACCAAGUAUUAUAUUUACUUGUAUAAUAUACUUCUUGUUAGGCUUGAAACCAGUUGUGGAGGCCUUCUUCGUCAUGAUGUUCACCCUUAUGAUGGUGGCUUAUUCGGCCAGUUCUAUGGCACUGGCCAUAGCAGCAGGCCAGAGUGUGGUAUCCAUAGCGACACUUCUCAUGACCAUCUCCUUUGUGUUUAUGAUGAUAUUUUCGGGGCUGUUGGUAAAUCUCAGAACCGUUGCGCCUUGGCUCUCCUGGCUUCAGUACUUCAGUAUUCCUCGAUAUGGCUAUGCGGCUUUGCAGCAUAAUGAAUUUUUGGGACAAAACUUCUGCCCAGGAGUCAACGUAACAGGGAAUGAUACCUGUAGCUAUGCAAUAUGUACAGGCGAAGAAUUUUUGCUCAACCAGGGCAUCGAUAUCUCCCCAUGGGGCCUGUGGAAGAAUCAUGUAGCCUUGGCAUGUAUGAUUGUUAUCUUCCUUACAAUUGCCUACCUAAAAUUGUUAUUUCUUAAAAAAUAUUCCUAAAUUCUCCUUUAAUUUACAUGAUUGAUCCACACAUUAAAAAGGGAGCAUCUUGACAUUUUAAGUUUU